UGCAGGUCUGAAUUCCUUUCUGGAGGCUGGAAGAGAGAGCCCAUCUUCUUGCCUUUUUUAUCUUUGAGAGGCUCCCUGCAUUCCUAGGUAAGAGGCCCCUUUUCAUCUUCAAAGUCAGUAAUGACCAGUUGAGUCUUUCUCCUUGCAUCACAUCACUCUGGUACUCACCCUGCUGCCUCCCUUUCCCACAGUUAAGGAUCCUCGUGAUGCCUUUGGACCCAUCCAAAUAAUCCAGGAGAUUCUCCCUAUUUUAGUGUCAACUGAUUAGCAACCUUAUUCCAUCCACUACCUUCAUUCCUCUCUGCCAUACAACCGAACAUAUUCACAGGUUCCAAGGGUUAGGAUGUGAGCACCUCUGGGAGGCCGACUCUGCCUACCACACAUAAUAUCAGAAUGCCCCUGACAUGUUUAGGCACCAUUUUGAUUGCCACAAAAAUUUUGUUUGUUCAAUAUAAAUUCGAAUGAGUUUGCAGGACUAGGUGAGUGAGAGCCUGUUUUUGAAAGUAUCAGAUGCCCAGCAAAGGGAUUUGGACUUAUUUUUUUAAGUAAUAAUUCUCUUUAUGUCAAAUUAAUAUUAAUACUUGCCAUUAUUUUUCAUAUAUUACAUAUUUGAAAAUGACAUGAUUAUAGGUUAUGUCCAAUCCACAAUAUCAUGACUUUUAAAGAUAAAUAAGGCUUAAAUGAAUUUUUUUAAUGGUUAAUGAGAGACUUAAAAAACACAAUUUAAUAGCAGCUCAAGCAAUUGCCUCCUCAAAGCAGGAAGAAAGUGAUAGUAGCAUUUAAAAGGCAUUUACUAAAAUCCUGGUUAUAUGUGGUUCUGAAGUUGAUCCCUAACACUCUAAUUGAGAUACACAAACAUGAGAGCAGCAAGAUAUAUGAACAUAUGCAAGUCAAAGGUAGGAAUAGUUUCUCUUGCACUUAAAUGGCAACAGAAUGUUAAUGUCAAAUGCAAAGAUGUGUCAGAAAACAAGGAAUGCAAGAAGUCUUAUCAGCAGACCACAAAAUGCAUUCAGGAAGGAAAGCUUGAAGGUCAAAGAGUAGAUUGAUGAAGAGGUCCAAACAAGAAAAUAGAGCAAGAUCAGUUAGUGUUCAUAUCCUAUAGGCAGAAAGAUACACAACCAUUUUAAGUAAUUUACAGAAUAGAAGGAGCAAAAUAUGAUUAGAAUUGAAUGUGGGGUGGAAAAGAAUAUUACCAAAGGGGAAACCUUAUAGAAUCUUUUGGUGAUAAAGAUCUUUUACAUGUAUUGAUAUUGUCAAAUGUUCUAGUGUGCUAGGCUUUCUUUCCUUGAUUAUGGUGCUAUUAAUCUUCUCACAACACUACAUGUCAAACAAAGAAGAGUUCCCUGGACCAUACUAUGCAGAGAGUGUGCUGUAUCUAUACUAUAUAUUUAACAACUUCCCUUUUUUCACCCUCAAUUCUCCUGCCAUUAUAAGGGAAAAUAACCUCUAAAGUUAUCUACAAUGUAAACAUGAUGUUUACUAGGUUUACAUACAAUAUCUUCCAGCUUUCUCUUUCUUGUUUUUUAUUAGUUACUCCCCUGGAUGUCAGGAAAUAUAGGUGUUCGUAAGCACAGCAAAGCACUUAACCUUAGAAAGAAUCAGGAAAGACAAUAGAAAAAAAGAUACAGCAAACUGUGUUUCCAAUUACCAGCAGAUGCUUUCAUUUAUUCUAAGCGUUCUUGUUUAGUUAACUGUACAAAUUUUUAAUCAUAUAAAUGUGGUAGUGUUCUGGCCCCAUGCUCUCUAUUACCCUCUUCUUCCAGCUGAUUUCACAUGCCUCCUGCUUCUGGCAUCCUUUUGCCAUAAAUACUGUGUCUGGGGCUGCCUGAAUUUCAGGAAAUACCUGUUAAGGAGUGAAAUCCAUUGCAGAGUUUAUUUUAUUUAUCUUUUAUGUUUUCUGGUGUGCGUUUCACUGAAGCUGUGAGGUUGUGGCACAGUUCUCUGAGUCAGCAGCACCAUUGCCCACUGGCUAUAGCACCAUGAAUGCCUACUUCCUUUUUUUUUUUCAUCUGUCUUUCUUUGUCAUCUGGUCACCAUUCAUUCAUGCCUGGAAUAUUGCAGUGGGAAAGAUUACCAGGCUUCAUCCAAAGACAGCUUUACAUGAAUCUUUAAUAAAUCAAAUGAAGGAGCAGGUCUUGGUGAAAGUAUCCUGAUGAUGGAGAUCAAAGACUCAGAGCCCUGCCUGUAUUCCAACCAUUCUGAAAAUAGCAAUAGGGGUGCAAUGAAAUGCUGCAAAGAAGGAGGGAUGGCAACAGCAAAACUGGCCAAACUAAAUUGUGUUUGACGUUUGAUGAGAACAGACUUUCAAAAAUAGCAUUUGUUUUUGAAGUUCUUCAAGACCCCUGUCAAAAUAUUUAUUACAGUGGCUUAUACCUAAUAUUCAACCUUAUCUCUAAAGUUAACCCUUAAGGGAAAAGGAAUGAAACAAAAUUGAAAAGCCAAGCAGUGGUUCAAUGUCAUGGAUGUCCCUGGACACAGCCCUUGUUCUCACAUAGCAGUUCCACUUGCUUAUUUCCAUUGAGAGUAUUUGGCCUGAGCCAGCAUGAUUGUAUCUAGAAUGAUUGAAACUUUUGCUGCAUUUUCUUUCAUAAAUAACUAAUAUGGAGCAGGCAGAAAAUAGCUGCCACGUAGCCUUGCUACUCAGAGUGUGGUCACAGCCCAACAACUUUGUCAUCCACAGGGAACUUGAUAGAAAUACUGAGUCUCAGGUGCCUGCCCUGAGCUGCAGAAUCAGAAUCUGAGUUUUAAUGGACUCCUCAGGUUAUGUAUAUACAUAUUAACUUUUGAGAAGCAUAGUUCAAAAAUAGCAUCUGAGAGACACCUUUUGGCAUAGAUAUUUUAUAUAAUUCAUAAUCACUGGGAGGUAAUAAGUGAAAGAGGGAAAAUAAAGAAUAAUUGGAAGAGGCAGCAGGAUUUUACACUCAAUACACAUGGAGCAGUUGAAAUUCCCUUCCCCCAAAUUGACUUUGAACUCCAUAAACAUAAAUGUAAAUGAAUAUCAAGGGCAAAAGUAGGUCUGGUUAGAAGGCUUUCUUCCUUAUCAUUUUCUCACUUUCCUUUUGCUAUGUUGUUUAUAUUGAUAAUUGUUUUAUAUUUUAUUAGUGGUCUGGUUUGUUUUCAUUAUAUGUAGAGAAAAGCCCUCAUAUGGGCAUUUCCCAGCAGUUCCUUGAGGAUGUCUGGGCAAUCUCCCCUUCCAUCUCCUGAGGUCUUCUCACCAGGCCUCAUGCUUGAGAGCUCUCAAAAUUCAUCCAUCUCAUGAAUGUAUUUCAGACUUUCUUAGGCCACUUUUUUAAGCAUUAUAUUUGUUUUUUCACACUACACUUCUUUUAAAAACACUUGUAAGUUAAACAAAGAUCAGUUAAGAGCAAUUGAAAUUAGUAAAAUGUUUGAGAAAUAAAGUUCCCAAGCAAAACAUUUGAGGCCCUCAUAAGUUUGCCUAGGGAAAGGAGACUAGCAGGAAGCCUAAAGACACAUGUUCACUACCAGAGCAUAUGACACAAAGCUGCACAGCUCAUGAACAUCAAACAUCCCCAUGAGUCAUUUUGGACUAAAAACAAAAUUCCCAGAACCUAUAUAAUAUUAACUAGAUCACUACAUAACCCAUGGUAAAGAUUGUGCAGGCUGAAACUCAACACGUGGUUUAUGGGCUAUUAUACCUCCAAAAUGCACUUACAAAGAACAUUUAUCCUGUUGAGCCACUUCUAUUAAUGCAUGCUUUGUUCUUCACCUAUCUGCUCUCAUUCAAUGAUUUUGCCUACCUUACCCCGCCUACCUAUCUACCAUUAAAUCCCUCACAUCACCUCCCUGGGCCACUCCCCAAUACUCUCUAUCCAGCACUCCUGUCUUUGAUUUCCUCUACUCCUGCAUUCUCAUGGGGAACACAAAUUUUCAAAGGGAGAUCUACUCCGAGGGUGGAAGAGUUUGACUUUUCAGAUUUCUAAUAGGUCCCAGGAAAGUAUAGCCAAAAUUUGAGUUUAGUUAAUUUGCCAAUUAUGAUUUCCUAUAUCUUAAAAAUAAAAAAUAUUAAAAUUGUAUAGCACAUUACAGUCUUCUGUUUUUAGUCUUCUUUAAUUCUUACAAUAUACCAGUAUGACGGAUGAAGCGCUACUGCCAUCAUACCUGUUUAUAGGUAAGGGCACCAAGUUUGAGACAAAGCUUGGUGGUGAGUAUGGAUUGAAACCCAGUUUUUGUAACUCUGAGAUAAGUGGUCUUGGAGGGUUAGAGUUUCCAUUGCUAUAGUUGUUUUUUAAAAGUUGACACACUCAAAUAUGAAAUUCUGAAAAGUAUACUCUACCACCACUUACGAUCUUUCACAAUCAGAGAUAAAUUCUGAAAUCCUAGGAGGGUUAUAGUCAGAGGAUGCCAGGGUCACACACCAAAGCAUCAGAUGUCCAGUAAGGGAGGGAAUAGGAGGCCAAAGUCAUGAGCAGAGAGGAUCAAAGCAGAGGAAAUCAAGUCUUCCUGCCAUUUCAUUCUCAGCCCCUGUGUUACUGGGACCAUUUGAGGUUGGAAAAGCCUCAGAGACAGUAAACUUAGCAUCAGCCAAGACACCUAAGAGCCAGUGUAGGAGUUCGAUGCUAGCUGAAACCCUAGUUUCUCCCUUUAGACACACAAAGAAAAAUAAAAGAAGGAGAGAGAAUUGGCACUGAAAACCAGAAGGGAGUCAGGGAGGCCAGGUAAGUUCUCCAUACCUGAAAAAGGACCCAGGAGCUGGCACAAAAGGUUCUCACUUCAACAAAUGCUGUUGUUCUCAUAGUUAAUACUUAUUUGCAGAAUGAAUGAGGGAAUGAUUGGGUGUAGUUUAGACACCUGUUCUGAAAGCAAACUAUGAAUGUCAGUUCAACACCGCCUACUUCACCCCACCUUGUCUUUCCCCCUUUCCUACGUGACAAUGGUAACGUGCGCUGCCUUGUAUGGUCGGUCUCUAGACCAAGUCCUUUUCCCCACUUGCUGGCGUUGUUCCUUGAGAUUAGCUAAGGCCAGAGCUAUUACAUUUCUAUUUCUCCUGAAGGACACUAUAAAUUGUUUGAGCUUCUUCCACUUAAACUACAUUAAACAAAGUUGAAAGACUUGUUUUUCCUUCCCUGCUCUUUUUAAUGUCUUUUGAAUUGCAUUUGUGAAUCGAGGGUGGUCGCGCGCUCCCGUGCGUGUGUGUGUGUGUGUGUGUGUGUGUGUGUGUGUGUGUGUGUUUACACAUCCACAUUCGGAUUGAUCUGAUGGAAAGGAAAGUUCAGGACAAAAUAAAUAAACUCCCUCAACAGUUUGAAAUUUUUUCUAAAAGAUAGAUGUCACAUGAAGGUCAAUAAGGUGUAAAGUACCUCCAAAAUAUCUGAGUGAGAAGACUGUCAUUAAGAUGAAGUUUCAUAAAGAUCUGUAGAUAGACUCAAAAUAAAAGAAAAUGGCAAUAAAUAUGUGACUAAGGUUCUAUUUUUUUUUAAAAAAAGGGUACAUUCUCUAGAAUGAUUAGAAAGUUCAACAUUGUUAAUAUUUUAUUUUAAAAACCAUAUAUAAUAAGGACUUGUCUGCCUAGUGACUAGAGCACCCAACCCAUAGUCUACAAGAUUUUUAUGUAGCCUUCAGAACACUAAAAAUUCUUCAAAAUACCCCAGGUUUUAAAUCAACAAUGUCUUUGACAUUCUUUUCUUGGCCAUAUCCUUUAAUAUGGGGGGGAUAUCAAUUCUUUCUUUUAUAGCUGCAACCACACAGCACAGUCUUUUUCAUAGAAUUAGGUGUCCAUUGGAACAAGCUGUUUUGUCUUUGUUAGUUCUCAUUGCGUUUCUUUCACACAAGAAGGGAACUAUGCUAUUUUCCUCUUAAUGGAAUGUUAGGUCGACUCACAAUGCCUGAAAAAAGAACUUGGUUAUUUUGAAAGUCUAUCUUAAAAUUUCCCGUCCGUAGCACAUUAAUUAUGGAUAUUAACAUUUGUAAAAACCCUCACAAGUCACAGAGAUGGGAUGUCUUUGCUCCACGAUUCCUCUGAGCACAAAACAUCCCCACCCUUUUUCUCAUCCCCAGUGAUCCAAGCUUCUGGCUGUAGACACUGUCAAGGUAAAUGAUGUUCACUGAACAGGGAAAAACCAUAGGUUUAUGGGCAUGUUCUUCUAAAGUAACUAUCUGAAAAACAAAAGGAUCACAGCCUAUGAGAUGCCAGCUACAAAAUGUUAACAAAAGCACCCUUCGGAGAAUUAUUGUGGCAGAGAGAUUUGUGUCCCGUAAAUGCUCGCCUCACCUCAGUUUGUCUCAAUCUCUUGAGCCUGCAGCUGAGCCAAAAAUCUCCUGAGCCAAGCUUUCUCGCAAGAUUUCCUGUACUUCCUGUUUCUACGUGAGCCAGAAAUACCAUGAGAACGACCUUUCUUGUGGUAUUUUUGCACUUCUGCUCUGGGAUGAAGAUAAUCCCAUACUGGGGGAUAUAUUUUUUAAAUCGUGCAAACAUUUUCAAUUUCCAAAUCUUCAAAUGAAGUAGGUUCUUCCCUGGGAAGGAAAAGUUGAAAUGAUGUUUGCUUGGCCCUAACUCAUCUCCACUAGGAAGUAUCUGUGUUCAAUAAUCCCACAUUUUGUAAAUCCUUUAAAAUGUUUUUACAAGGAAAUAUGUAAAACAGUAUAGAGAGUACAGUGGAAAUUUAUAUCCUUAGAUUUUUUUUUAAAAAAGUCAUUCUUGAAGAAAUAAGCAAUGAUGUUUUGUGUUCUUAAUAUAUUAGUGUAUGUGAUAUAUUAUAUCAUAUAUUUGUUUUCUUUGUUCUUAACCCCUUUGUUCCAAGGGUCAGGAUAUCCUGAUGCUAAGUACUAUUGCAAAAUAACUGAACAAAAAUAAAAAUAGUCAAAUACUUAGGAAACUCUUCAGUUGUUAUGUCAAGGAAGUUUGUGACUGAGGAGUGAGUUUAAGACAUUAUUCAGGAAAUAUGAUAAUAAAAGUGCAACAGCCUACAUGUGCUUAUUAAAUAAAAUCAUCUCAAUUCUAGAGAGCCUUGGUGCCCACAGUCUGAUGGAAAGUCCGAUAAGGACUGGACGGGCUGUCAAAGUGGUAGAAGUGUCAGAGUGAUGCUUAAAUCCUUUCAUCCCUUAACAAAGAGGGAAGUAAAGAAAGGCACAUCUUUCUGAUAAAGUGGAUCACUGAUUAUUCCCUAACUGGGUUGUAUGCCUAUCUGAAUGUUAUAGGAAAAUCUGUUUGCUCAACAUUUUAAUGAUGAAAUCCCAAAAAGUCCUGUCUUCAAUAUCUCUACUGCUGUUUUAUACUCUCUUGACCCUUCUUUACCCAUCAGGAGAGAAAUUAAUAGUUUUCCAUCCAGUAAAAAGGAAAGUCACUUAAUCCAGUGUGGAAAACUAAACUUAUUAACCCUGAGUUUAGAGGAAUAAUAAUAACAACAACAAAAUUACAGUAGCCUUUGCUGGUUUCAACUUUUUAAAAAAUGAGGUGGGACCAAUGAAAAUAAAACACACUCAACAACGGUCUUUCUCCUGCUCCCCGUAAAGAAACAUCAAGUGAUUGUGUGAUAAGCCAGCACUGGAAGGAAUGUAGAGCAGGAGCAACAGCUUGUACAUCAGCAAAAUAACAGGCCAAGCAAAAUGAAGCGCUUUGCAAUGCAAAGACGUGAAGAGGAGAGGGAGAUGGGAUUGUUGCAAUGUCCUCCAAGAAAACAGGGGCCAUCACAUGAAUGUGCAGGCUCAAAUUGUUCCUACAAACCCAAUUUGCUGGCUAAAGUGCCAAAUACAAUACCACCCCUGGUUCAUUUCUGUCCGGCGCCUUUCACAUGAGCUACAGGGGGCAUUCCCUUUUGUUGUGUUGGUUCUGAGUCGCAGGGUGAGCACCUCCAUCUCUGAGCCUCAGGAAACAAGAGGCACAUCCUCGUGGUUGCCCUCAAUUCGACCACGCUCAGGUAGUUAGUGGCCCAGAUAUCAAGUCAACAGUGCUCUCUCUCCAGAGAAUGAAUUUUUAACACUUUCUUUCCUUUCCUUUCACUGCCAUUUAUGACCCCCAUGAACAUCCUUUAAAAUUAUUGCUUUUGUUUGAAAAUGGGUUAUUAACAAUCCUGAGCCAUGUGCCCAGACCACGCAAGCCCACUGCACUUAUGCGUGAGGAUCUCGACGCUUCCCUAAUUUGCCUCCAUUGGAGUUAGCUGUGGAAUGUGAUUCGAUGUUAUUUCCCUUCCAGCUGAAGGGCAGCUGAGGUUACAGAGGGAUUUGACUAAUAAGCCAAAACCCAGUUAGGUUUGCUGAGAACCAAAUGACACAAAGGGUGAGGGGCGUGGAGCAGGAAUGGUGGUACUGGGGUCCACCCAGCCCAUCCCGGUGUGGCCUUGGUGGACAGGUCAGGUGCCCCCCGACCAGGGCUUCCAGAGGGAAGCAGCUGCGGAUGGUUCUGGGGACACUCAGCUUCCCCUGUUUUUCCAGAGCUCCUUGGACCUUGCAGGGCCUGAGCCUGGGAAGUUUCUAGGCUUCCUGCACCACGGGGGUGACUCCUCACCUGACACCUCCAGAUAACUGGCCUCUGGGGGACCUUUCUGAGAGACUGGUGAAGGGGGAGCCCCACUUCUUUGCCUGAAGUCCUUAAGAGCUAAGCCAUUGGACAAAUUUUGACAAACACCAAAAGAGAACUGAAAACAAAUACAUCAGAAGAAAGAAGAGGAACAGCAAAAGCUAAAACCUCGAUGGCUUUUUCUUUUUUUCCCUGCUGUCAUUCCAGCUGUAGCCUGGGAUUAAUUAAGUGCUGUGAACUCAGUGCCUGAGAGAGGAGGAAAAAAAAAUGCAUUCUAUCUCUAAGGAAGGAGUACAGUAACAGUUUCUCACCAGUGAGAAACCCCGGGCAGGGAACCGCUCUCGUCGUCAGUGCUUGUGGCGGGACUGGAGAGACAGGGAGGUUGUGCCAGGCUGGAGGAGGCUUGUCUUUCCGACGCGGGAGAGGAUUUUACAGGGAUUCGCCUUCCCCUGGCUGGGAAGAAUUUCCCCUGUGGCAGCGGCAGCAGCAGCAGCAGCAGCAGCAGCAGCAGCAGCAGCGCUACCUCCUCUUCUGGAGAACAGGGCAGAAUGCCUGUGCUAGAGCGGUAUUUCCACUCGGCAGAGCUAGGCAGGAGGUGGACGGCCCCAGAAGGUGUGCUGCCCUCCACCCCGGGCAGCCGGCCUGGGUGCCAGCAGGGGCCGCUGCCCUGGGACUUGCCAGAGAUGAUCAGGAUGGUAAAGCUGGUUUGGAAAUCCAAAAGUGAACUGCAGGCGACCAAACAGAGAGGCAUUCUGGAAAAUGAAGAUGCUCUGCACAGCUUUCCAGGAGAUGUACAACUAACGGGUCAGACGGGGGUCCCUGCUGAACGCCGAGGCUCCUACCCAUUCAUUGACUUCCGCCUACUUAACAGUACAACACACUCAGGGGAAAUUGGCACCAAGAAAAAGGUGAAAAGACUAUUAAGCUUUCAAAGAUACUUCCAUACAUCGAGGCUGCUUCGUGGGAUUAUACCACAAGCCCCUCUCCACCUGCUGGAUGAAGACUACCUUGGACAAGCAAGGCAUAUGCUCUCCAAAGUGGGAAUGUGGGAUUUUGACAUUUUCUUGUUUGAUCGCUUGACAAAUGGAAACAGCCUGGUAACACUGCUAUGCCACCUCUUCAACACCCAUGGACUCAUUCACCAUUUCAAGUUAGAUAUGGUGACCUUACACAGAUUUUUAGUCAUGGUUCAAGAAGAUUACCACAGCCAAAACCCGUAUCACAAUGCGGUCCACGCAGCCGAUGUCACCCAGGCCAUGCACUGCUACCUGAAGGAGCCAAAGCUCGCCAGCUUCCUCACGCCUCUGGACAUCAUGCUUGGACUGCUGGCUGCAGCAGCACAUGAUGUGGACCACCCAGGGGUGAACCAGCCAUUUUUGGUCAAAACUAACCACCACCUUGCCAACCUAUAUCAGAAUAUGUCUGUGCUGGAGAAUCACCACUGGCGAUCUACGAUUGGCAUGCUUCGAGAAUCAAGGCUUCUCGCUCACUUGCCGAAGGAAAUGACACAGGAUAUUGAACAGCAGCUGGGCUCCUUGAUCUUGGCAACAGACAUCAACAGGCAGAAUGAAUUUUUGACCAGAUUGAAAGCCCACCUCCACAAUAAAGAUUUAAGACUGGAGGAUGCCCACGACAGGCACUUUAUGCUUCAGAUCGCCUUGAAGUGUGCUGACAUUUGCAAUCCUUGUAGAAUCUGGGAGAUGAGCAAGCAAUGGAGUGAAAGGGUCUGUGAAGAAUUCUACAGGCAAGGUGAACUUGAACAGAAAUUUGAACUGGAAAUCAGUCCUCUUUGUAAUCAACAGAAAGAUUCAAUCCCCAGUAUACAAAUUGGUUUCAUGACCUACAUCGUGGAGCCGCUCUUCCGGGAAUGGGCCCGUUUCACCGGGAACAGCCCGCUGUCGGAGAACAUGCUGAGCCACCUGGCACACAACAAAGCCCAGUGGAACAGCCUGUCACCCAGGCAGUGCAGGAGCAGGGGCAGUAGUGGCAGCGGCCCCGACCACGACCACACAGGCCCGGGGACUGAGAAUGAGGCGCAGACUGCCACGGAAGGCGACAUCCCGUAGGGGGCCUGGCCCACCUGCCUGCUCUGAGGAAGGACUCUCGUCUGAGUUGUGGCCUGGGGAUCUUUGAAUGCCACCCUCCUCCUACUCACCUGCCUCUCCUCCUUUCUGCAAGUGUACAGAAGCCAUUUGUCACCUCAGCGUUAGCUGCCAUUAGGAGCCACUCCAUUCAGUGACCUGGGGGCUGAUGGCACCAGCAGGGUGCCCCGCAGGAGAAGACUGGGAGUGAGAAAGAGGUGCUUCUGCCAUGUCCCUCAUGGCCCUGGGUCACACUGUGACAGGCAGCAGUUCCCAAGUCCAGAGCACUUUCUCAUUUGCCACCUGACUGCUGAUCUGCAUGACAAAAACACCAGCAUAUUCGGAACCCCAAGGAUAUUGGUCUUAAGUGCAAGAGCACAAAUGAGAGCGUGAGAGAAAGUACCUUCUAUUUUAAUAAUAAUUAUUAUAAAAAUAAUAAUGAAUCUUUUUAACUUUUGUAUUUUAUGCAGUAGACAGUGGGUCUAAAACUUUGGACUAAGAUUACUCAAUGUACCCAAACUUGAACAAGGGGUUCAUUGUUUUGUUAUAGACUUUAUGCCACUUUGGGGCAGAGAUUUGGCAUCUUCUCAAUUUAAGAAACCACGUUUCCUAUCCGACCCGAGGGGAAGGUGCUGUACAGUUCAUUCCUUUGCACCAUUAGCCAAUCUGUCUAUAAUGGAUUCAGUGACAUGUUUAUAUUCGCACAUGUACAUUUUCUGUAAAUACCAGGCGCUACUGAUUCCCAUGCCAAAAUACAUGAGUAUUAUGGGAUUGCUACCUGUAUAAACAAUGGCACUGUGAACAGAAUACUGUUAGUUUUAAUACAAGAGAAUGCAUUUGUAAAUAUGGUAUAGAGUUUAUUAAUAUACUAUUGUUUGCAGAUAAAGGCCUUAACUUUAAACAUCCUUCAUCUUCUGAAAGCUGCCCAACUUAAAUCCUCACAGAUAUCUCUCUGAACUGCCAUCCCAUGUCCAUCUUUAUGUUUUCCAGCUAAGGUCACAAACCAAAACUGAAUAAAGUCGAGGAAACAUUUUGGAAACUUCACACACAUUCCGCUUGAGACCAUAGUGUUUAAUCUAUGGCACCAAGCAUUGUUUCCUCAAAUUAAUGAGACCCUUCAGCAAGUCUGAAUCAGUCACUUUUCAACACAGCCGCAGUGUUUUCACAAGCCAGCUGAUAAGCUUGUGUCUUUGUGACUCUUGUUAUGGAACAUGGCGGUGCGUCAGCCUCACAGCAGACAUAGGUCUCGAGAACCUUCUAUGGCCCUGUCAUCUGCCCAUCAGGGAAUUCCCUGCUCCCACACCACACAUUUGUCUGUUCUGGCUACAGUACCAAAGGACCUUUGGUUUAUGGUUGGCGUGUAUUUCUUUGGUGUUAACAGUAACUGGAUUUUUCUUUUUCCUUAACUUCAUGUGAACAACUACCCAACUGUUUAGCUGAAGUUAAUAUUAUUUAAGUCAAGAAAAUACUUCAGUUUUAUGACAGACUUUACCUUCCUGGCAGGUCAUUGUGGUUAAUUAUGGCUCUAGCUGGCAGUGUCACCUGGGAAUUUUGUUGCCAUUUUUCUUCAGACACUUGGCCAUGAAAUCAGUUCAUUACAGCAUUCUUCUCUAGGCUGCUACGUGCUGUGCAUUGAACCUUUUCUUUAGAAGUUUUAACAUAACUAAUGUUAGAUAGAAAUUGUUGAUGCCCCUUUCUUUUUACCUUCAACUGUGUAGUAGUGGGAGAAUGAUUGUUUCUGCCACUAUCAAGCUAUUUCUCAAAUUGGUAGAAUAACAGGUGGUUCUCAUUUCCUAAGUGUAACUGGUUUGGGGUUUUUUCCUCCUAACAUACAAAUGAAAUGUCAAAAAUUUGAUUGGCCCAUAAUAAGUCCCUAGGGAGAGACUGAGGCUUGCAGAAUUAAGGUUUAGAGGAAAUUAGGGGAAGUUGGUUAUAUUUUCAUUAAAGUAGGAGAGAUUGUCAGAUGGUGCUAAAGAAAGUGUGAAGAUCUUAUGAAAUGGGUGAAUGAUAAGUUGAAAUUGAUAUGGAUAAGAAGGGAGGUUGUGGAAAUUAAACACUAACUUUUUUUUUUGUAAUAACUAUGAACUGACAAAUGCUUCUAUGUCACUUUAAUAUUCUGAAGCUCUCAGUUUGGCAAGGCCCCAAAAGAGAAUAUGUUGGGUGUAGUCCCGUUUCCAAACCUCUCUAACUUUGGUUUGAUGAUGCAGAGAGGGCCUUUGAGUAGUCUAUUUUUAAUGUAUAUGGAAUCAAAUCAAGGAAAGCAAUUGCUGGGGACCAGAAAGUAGAGAUAGGAAAGAAGAUACUAUUUUAGCUAAUGGGGCCUCUAACUUGAGUCUAGGAAAUGGGCUUGUUUAAACUACCAUUAUAAUUUAAAUGAAUAAGAUUGAGAUGUGCUUCGUAGUUCCAAGUUCAUAGGGCAAAAAUGUUUAUGUUACAAUUAGGUCUUGAAAAAGAGCUCACAGAGAAAACUACCAAACAGCCAGUGGUUGAGCCUAUGAAGUAACUACACCUACAAUAAAAAUCUGAAGUAAAACGAGACAUGAUGCAUAAACUGGAUGCAUCUGUCUCCUUCAUUCUACUGUCUGGAGAUUUCUUGAGUUCCUCAUUUGUUGGCAAACAAAACAACAAAAAGAAAAACAGAAAAAGAAUGUGAAAAACUUUUUUCUCUUGCCUACUAGUUGCUCUCUUGCAAUAUUUUAAUAUUUCAAUUACUAGUUAAGACACAGCUACUGGAUCAUCUAUGGGUUUUAUCUUUACAACCUUAUGGUCCACAGACCAUCCGGAAUUGAUGUACCAAGUUUAUUGUUUCAUUGCUC